AUGGCCAAAGCCAGGGGCAGCAGCGGCGGCUGCUCCAGCAGACACCCCCAGUUUGUACAGGGGCGCCGGCUGCCCGCGCUGCUCCGGCUCCGGGAAAGGGAGCGUGAUAAGGCGCCAAGGGCGAAGAGGGGGCAGCGGCCAGCAACCGGCAGCUGCGCGCGGCUGUGUGGGUAUUAUACGCCCCCGGCCGAGAACGCAGAACAGAUUGUGAGGGUCAUUGCUGCAGGCAGCGAAUCCCCUAUCCGGCGCCGGCCGCGUUCGCUCGGCGUCUCCCCGAAGCCCGCCAGCACCCAGCGCCGCGCCACUCUCGCCGCCCCAGCCCUGCACGGCACUGGAGGUUCGCUGGGCGGUGGAGGGGCAGGACGGACAGCGCGCCUGCCCAAUGACCGUGCGCCGUGGGCAGCGGGGGCGGAGCCGGCCCGCCGCCCAAGGGUCAGCCCCCGCCCGCCUGCCCCUCCCGCAGCCCUCCUCCCUCCCGGGGCGCCCCGCCCCACUUCCCGGCUCUCACUUUCCUCCCACCCAGCUCGCGGAGCUGGGGGCCAGGCGGGGAUGGGGCUGAGUCGCUCCGGCGGGGCCAACCUGCCCCUCCUCUCCCAGGGGGAUUCGAAAGGAAAUGAGACCGGGACGCUCCGUGCUUCUCGGCCCGCCGCCCUUCCUGUCUCGGGGACACGGUUUCUAAAUAAGGGUCCUGAGCAUCUGAGUAUCCUGCAACCCGUGUUUCGAUCCAACUUUUCCCUCUCAUUCCCAGCCCUCCCACCACCCGUCGAGUGGAGCUUUGCGCUAGUCCACCCUCGGGCUUUCCAGUCGGGCGGUGAAACCCUCAGCAGGCCUGGCACCUCUGCCUCAGCUUGCCGGAAGCAACUGCCUCCUAGAACGCUUCAAGAAGCCCCUUCUCUGUCAGAAGCUUUAACUGUCAACAGCUUUUCUUUCCCAGCAUGGAACUCAUCACAGGUAUUUUCCAAAAAAGAAAGCCAGGGGAAUCGCAUUUCAGUCUGAAUGUGGAAAGGAGACAAAGACCACGACUUAGAGAGGCUCUUGUCAAAGUGAAAUAAGGAAUCACUGGCAGGACCCGAAUCCAGAGCACCGAAUCCAGACAAUGUAUGGACUGGCAAAGCAAAGGAAGAAAAUUUGGAAGUUGGCAACAAUUGAAAACAGGCCAGUAGUUCUCAACCUUUAUUCCACAAUAUGCAUAGUGAAGAGUGUUCACAUGAAAUCCCAGGGGACAGUCCCAGGCCAAUGUGGAUUUGAGGGUGCUCAUUUUUACUCCAUUUCUUUCUUUUCCACAUAAACAUAUCAGAAUGCAAGCGAGUUCAAGGUUGCCACAGAGAUGACCUUGAAUCUGUUCUAAUUAAAAAAAAAUAAAUUACUCUUGUUUUUUUUUCAAGUCGCCCCACUCUGGUCUGUCCAGUUUUGAGGGUGAGGUCUGUAAAGGAUUUUAGCAGGUGAGCGAUAUGAUUAUAUUUGGAGUUUAGAAUUACAGAAUGGAAGCUAAAAUUUAGAAUGCUACUGCAAUAUUUUGGCAAGAGCUGAUGAAUGUCCUGGUGGUGAGGAUGGAGGAGAAAGGAUUGAUUUGCAAGCCAUUUAAGAGUACAAUGAAUAGAAUGAUUGGAUAUGGGGCAGGGGGAGGGCAAUGAGAGAGAGGGAGAGGUUACGAAGUCAGUUUGCUUGAAUGACUGGGUAUAAAUAGUAACAGCACUAACAUAAAAAGGACCUCAGGAAAAGGGGCUGCUUAAGGGUGGGAGAAGACACAUUUUACUUCAUAUACAAUAGGUUUGAGGUUCUCAUUUAGGAAAUCUGAACAUCAAGUAAGAUGUCAAAAAUACAGUCUUGGAGAUUAAGUUAGAAGUAUAAAUAUACAUUUAAUGGUAAUGAGAUUGUAAAUGAUAGUUGAAGUCAAAGAAAGUGAAAAGGAAAAAUAGGUGAAGGAUUAAAUUUAGGAAUACUAACAUAUAAGGGCUGCAGAGAGGAAGAAGCCAGCAAAGAAAGCUGAAAGAUGUUGAGAUUUACUAGAAGAAUCAGGAGGGAAGAACAUUCCAAAAAGAAGAGAGUUUUUGAUGAUGUCAAAUACCCUAGAGAGAGCAGGAAAAGCAAUGAAAAAUAUUUAUUGGCUUGGCAAUGAGAAGGUCAUUGAAGAUCUUUAAAAGAACAUCCAGAGUGUGUGGAGCACGGGCCCUGGACUGCAGUGGGCUGAGGUGUGAGCAGGAAGCAAGGAGUGAAAGGGAGCAGGAGGGAGUUUGGUGAUGAAGGAAAUAAUAAGUAAUGAUAGCGAACGUUUACUGGGUGCUUAUUCUGUGUCAGGCACCGUGCCUGACAUAUAAUUUCUCAUUUCAUUUUAUGAACUACAUAUAAUUUUAGUUUCCUUUUUUACAUGAGAAACAUACUUUGGAAGUUAGGUGAGUUGCUGAUGAUCACUCAACUAAUAAGUUACAAAGACACAAUCCAGACCUAUAGCUGAUGGACCAAAGGCCAUAUCUCAACCACUACCCUGGGGUCAGAGGAUACUCUUGUUUAUCUGGUUAUAAAAUUAUAAAUAGAAUGCUUCUUCUGAAAUGGUGGAUUUAGUUUUUUAAUAAUGAAAACCACACCCACAAAAUAACAAGGAAUUAGUUUCCUUGAAUUGUCAUUCUGAUCUCAUGCCUGGAACCAACUGAUAAUGAACUACUCCAGUUCUUUCAAUAUCAAAACUUUGCACUUGGCCAGCUAGCUGGUCAGUCAUUAACAUGUACUGAGCCUGGACUGUACAGGACGGAGAACUUGAAGUGGAAUUAAGACAUCAACCUCAACUUUUUGGACUUUCGGAGAAAGGCAACUGGUGAAACACAGAGAAGAGAUUUCCAGAUCCACAUUUCUGUUUCUGACUUGUGCUGGAGGCAGCCCAGAAAGGUAUUUUGGUUACGGUGUCCCUGUGGGGAUUCAAGUUCAUUUUUAAGUUGGUGUGGGAGUCUGUUUUACAGCGGGACUCUGAGUUAUUCCAGAAUCAACCUGCAAAGACCUGAUUUCCCAAUUUUAUUAAGAAGGUGGACUUUCUGCAAUCCAUUGGUCUCAUGGAUCACUCAUCAUGUGCCAGCUAUGUGCCAGAAGGGCUCCAAAGACAAACCUUUUCAUGGCAAGUGCGUCUCUAGGGCCCGCCACCUUCUUUCCUGCCAACAGAUCUCAGAAAACUGGUAACCCUUUACACAAAUAGUAAUAGCUGUCAUUUAUUCAAUGGAUGUGGCACAAAUACAUUACCAGCAUCAUCUCAUCUUGCUUGUAGAAGAAUUCUGAGCCUAAUAAUGAAGCUAAAUGGACAGAAAUUAUAGUACAUGAUAGAA